AAUAUAAACAUUUCCAAUCCGCAAGAAGUGGUUCCCAGGCUGUUUAUUGCGGUGUUGCUAUGUUUUGAUCGUGACGUCACGCGCCCGCAAGGAAGCCGGAGAACAUUAUGGCGGCGGGUUUGUGGUUGCACUGAAUUCCUGUGUUACCCGAAAAACACUAAAAUGGUAAUUGAAAAGUUUUUGCACUUUACACCAUUAUUUCCUUGACAAGCUUAUUAACUCUUGUUUUUGUUUCAUGAAGACUUCUGGAGGGACAAAUGUUCGGGUAGCUGCCCGCUGCAGGCCGUUCAAUGGUAGGUUUAAUACUCGUCAUAUUAAGCCUCAUAACUUACUAUUUUGCUCGGUUUUAAUCGUGUGAAGUAAAAGUGACUUCUUCACUAAAUAUCUGCGUAUAAAAAUGAUACCUUAUAUUAAGCCUAGAGCUAAUAUAAUCUCAAGCUUAAGUACUUUUAAUAGUAACAAAGAUACCAUGUAUAUGCAUGUAUAUUGUUCCCUCUAUGACUGUCUAUGACUUUUGAUGCAUCGCAUGCAGGGGUAAAACUUUGAUCCUAAUCACUGGAAAAAUGUGGUUCUUUUGGUAUAGGAUCCUUCUUGAUCAAAUUUUUACCCUCGCGAUAUCUAGUGUUACUGUCACUUUACAGUCAAGGAGAAACAGUUCUCUAUGUACUUGUAUAGGAUGUGCUCAUUCUGUUCAGGUCAAACUCAUUUAGUAUUUUUACUUGAUUUGUUACCUGAGAAGUGUCUAAUGAUAAUAUAACACUGAGAUUUUGAAGAUUUGUAACCGAGCAAUCAAUAUGUGAAUAUAUUCACAAAUUGAUAUGACAACUGCUGAAAAAUUGAGGAAUUUGUCUAUUUAUUCUUGUAAUACAAUCCCGGGGGGGGGGGCACUUGGGUAUUUUUCGGGUGGGUAUGUGCCGCCCGGGACUCCAAAUUGGCACCCCGUUCUAAAAAAAAUUUCUCCUGAAAUUGAUACCCCGGUCUAGAAAUGGGCCAAUUUUUUAUACCCCGUUUUAGAAUUCGCUUUAAAACUGAUACCCCGUUCUAGAAAUGGGCCAAUUUUUUAUACUCCGUUCCAGGGUGCAACAAGAGUAUAACAGUUUGCUUGUUAACGCAUUGAACCGUAUUUUUAAAAGCAAUCUGUCCUUGAAUAAUUUCAAAUGGCUGCUUACAAAAGUGGAGCUUUCGUGCAUUCAAAAUAUUAUACCCCUUUCUAGAAAUCGCCUCUGAAAUGAAUACCCCAUUCUAAACCAGGAGCUUCAAAAUCAUGACCCCGUUGGGCGGCACAUACCGGUAUAGGUAAUGUAUGGGAGUGCCCCCCCGGGAAUACAAUCAACCUCCCUUAUACAGAUACCAAAAGGGACUGAGCCAAGUGCUCACAUAAGCUGUCUGUAUUAUUGAGAUAUUAUUACUCGUUAUUCCUAUCUUACAUAAUAGUAAUUUUUUUUGUUAUUAUUGUUAUAUUUGUUAGGAAUAUGUUUUGGGUGGGACAAAAAUGGUAAUAGUUAAUCAAUAGAAAACGUUUUCCGUGUUUGCAUAGCCUGAUAUAAACACGAGAGGGAUUGGGAGAAUUCAAGACAGUUAUGAAAACCCAAGACGAAGUCGAGGGUUUGCAUAACUGUCAAGAAUUUUCCCAACCCCUCAAGUGUUUCUAUCAGGAUAUGCAAAGACAGGAAAAAAGUUUUCUAUUGCUUUUAUGAAAUAACUUUCAAGAGAAAAAAGCAAAACUCUCUUGUUCAAAGCACUGAUUAAAAGAGAAAUUCUUACCAGUCGCGAAGUCUUGUACACUAAGCUUCUACGCGUAAUCAGUCCUUGUUUUGCAGAGAAGAUGCUUUCUAAAAUACAAGUUUUUCUCACUUAAAAUGUCAGCUCUAGCGAAAAAACGUUGACACUGCAUGUUUCUAAAGAUUUUCCAAGUUUCAGCUGAUGAGGAAAUGGGUAAAUAAAGUAAACUUGACAAGUUUUUCAACUCAAAACCUUUUUCAAAUUCGUGCUUGCACGCGAAAAGCAAGACAUCUUGUUGUCAUGACCCUUGUUUACAUACUCUCAUGCAAACACGGCUCUCGGCCAAUCAGAGUGUGCGUACUAUCUUAGUUAUUUUAUAAGACAUGUCCAGUUCAGUCAGUAAUCAUAUGAUUUUUUGGGAGUUAAUUUGCAAUUUCUGAAAUUGUUAUUACCACUGCGAUGAUCAUACCUUCAUUUAAAUUUGAAUUUCUGCAGUUCACAUCAUCUUCACGUUAAAUUUCAUUCCUUUCAUCGGUUAAGAUGAACUCAACAAAUUGGCCUGCUCUCAAUGUAUAGGUCUUUAUAGCUCAAUUGGUUAGAGCAUUGCAGCAAUAACACAGACGCCAUGGGCUUGUAUCCCGUUGAAGUUCUGAAUUUUUUGGGGGGGGGGGGUUAAUUUGCUCUUGCUUAAUUUGAAAUUACCACUGGGACGAUCAUAUCCUCAUUUAAAUUUGUAUUUCCACAGGUCACAUCAUCUUUAUGAAUCAUAUGAGGGAUUAACAGAAUUUGUUAAUCACGAUUUGUUCAAUCAGGAGUAUAAUAAUAUUACAGACCAAAUUGGAUGACACAAAGUUCUGUUACCAAUAAUCAAAACUACAUGUAUAACAAAAUUAAUUGUGAAAGUGAAGAAUGAUCAUCGCAGUAAAUUUUCCAGUUUAAGCAAUUGGAAAGAAGAAGCCUGAAAAAAUCAGGGCUUCAACAGGAUUCGAACCCGUGACCUCCGCGUUACCAGAGCGUUGCUCUAAAAUUAAUUGUUAUAUGGGCCAAUCUUUUAAGUAUGUAUCAGGACCUUAGAGAUAAAUGGUAUUUCCAAAAGGGAGGUGUAUGUUAGCACUUUAUCUCACAUCACUUAUGCAAAUAUAUUUAUUACACAGAUAGUGAAAAGGGUCGAGCUGCCACAAGAGUGGUGAAAAUGAGUGCUGAAAAAACAGUAAUACAUAAUCCACACCCUGGAACUAAUACAAAGGUGAGUAAAAACAUGCUUAAAACAAAACAAAUUAUAAAAAAACAUGUAUGCUAGGUGCUCCAAGUUGUUUCUUGCUGUAACUGGGAAAAUUCAUCUGAAGGUAUGGAUUAGUUUAAUUCAUACCCUCAAGAAAGUUUUAUUCUGUCAUUAAUAUUCAUGAUACUUCUGUUUUUCUGCUUUAUAAACAAAGAAAAUUACACAAAGUUAAGACCUCUGUACUAAUUGAUACAUAUUUUACUACACAUAAAAAAAAUUGUUUGUAUCAGCUUGUUGGUGAGAUUGGAGACAGUGCUGUCUCAACAAAAUCUUUCUGCUCCAAAAAUCUUUCAAUUGAAAUCUUUUCUUGAUUCCAUAGGCUGUGGAACAUUUUAUUUCUUUUUGAAAUGUGGUGGGAAUCAUGGUACUCCUCACCCAGCUCGAACCCCUAUUCAAACUUCCCAAAAUAUUCUUACCUCUUUCAGCUUUCAUGGAACAUUCAAUUACAUGUAGCUUUCCACAAAAAGGUCUUGUCUAUUUUCUAUACACAUUGUUACCUCAAUGUCUUGCUAAUGUUCAUCAGAAAUACGUUGUUUGUAUUAAUUAUCUUUAUGACAAUCUUAAUAUAUGUACAUUUUUUUGUUUACAUGCAGGAGUAUACCUUUAGUUUUGAUCACAGUUACUUUUGGGACACAAAAACUGUAAGUAUGCAGUGAAUAUAAAUGUGCUAUAACUACAUUGUAACGACAAAAUUCAAUUUAUGCUCAAGUGUUGUAAUUUAUAAGCAUUGACAAAUAUUUCACACUCCUGGAACCACUGCUGUGGAAAUUUUGUUUGUAGAGAAAAUUCCCUGAGCAGUGCUUCAUUUAAUAUUCCUCUCAUGACCAUGGUUCAGAUGUCAGUUUAUUUUUAGUGGUAAUAUUAUUGUAUCUACUGGACAUUAUAUUCCUGACUUUUCAUUUUAAUUUGCCAAAGCAUUAUCAAUGAACUUUAGAACUUCACCAAAAAAAUAAAUAUCAAGGAGAUACAAUUAAAAGAAGAAGAAGAAGAGAGUGAUUUUACUUAACCCGUGGAAAAAGUAGUAGAAUACUACACACAAUACUCCACUUAUUCCAGUGUCCUCUUUAGUUUAAUUUUAGCUAUUUUGCACCAGUUGUUAGGAUCAUGGGUCCAGUAAAAUUGCUCUAAUAAUGAUAUAAUUAUAAUUAUAUUGUUACUAUUAUUAUUAUUAUUAUUGUUAUUUUACUAUUGAUAUCUGAAUCAUGCUCAUUUGAGGAUUUUGUCCUCGGCUUAUGCUUUAAUUUUAACAGUUUAAUUUUUUUAGUAUAAAUAAAAACAGACUGUAUUAAAAGUUCUUAUGUCUUUUUCAUGUUUUUUUUUUUUAUUUAGGAACAAAUUUUUCACGAUCUUGGUUCUCCACUGUUAAAAAAAGCUCUGGAGGGUUACAAUGUGACCAUGUAUGCUUAUGGACAGGUAAAACUAAUAAAGUGCAUAAUAUUCCAACUGGUUUGAAGAUGUACUUUUGACAAAGCAGUGAGACAGAUGCUCAAAUUCUCAGCCAAUGGGAGUUGGAUGUGACCCAAUGAUUUAAUGAUGCCUCAAAGCUUAUUUGUAAAAAGUCUAAAAAUUUCACCCCUAGCUACAAGGAUCAUUAGGUUCAUCUCAAACUUUCGCUUUCAAAAUUAAUAUUAUUUGAGGACUCAAGAACUUUCUAUUGGUGGGGACGCAGGUGCAACAUGCACAGGAAAGCCAAUAAAGACCUUGCUUUUAUGUAGCCUGUUCUAGGCAUACAGAUAGCAGAGUACUCAAUUUAUUUUUUGUCUACGCUCCAAUAUCUGAAUGCCUUAAACAGUUUGUUUACAAAUUGCUACCUCACAUCAAUGUCAGGUACAUAAAAUUAUGUAGUUUAAAAUUUUUGAUAUUUCCAAACUUGUCUCCUCAUCAUGAAUGGAAUUCUAGCUAAAUAAGUUUGUCUCUCCUCACUUUAUGGAUGCGUUACAGGUCAAAAUUAAAUUCAGGUUAGAAUGUUUUAACCUAGGUUGAUCUCAAUUUCCUUUGUCUCCUAGCCCUAAUUAAUCAUGAAUCAGGGCUAGCAGACAAAGAAAAUUGACAAUCAACCUGAGUUAAAAAUCUUAACCUGUUUAUUAUUUUGACCCGUAACAGAUACAUGAGUGAUGUUAGAAGGUAAUUGUCAGAAUAUCUUUGUAGACUGGAACAGGCAAGACACAUACAAUGAUUGGGACAGAAGAGGAACCUGGCAUUAUUCCACUGGUAAGAAUUAGUACUUCAUUUCAUGCUAAAACACAGAAUUACACAAGUUAGUCAUGGUGGGAGUCUAAACAGAGCUCUGUAGAUGGCACCUAAAAACAUUGCUGGUGCUAAAGUAAGAGUAGCACCAUCCAUGGAGGUUGUUUGAACAUAAUUCACUGUCAUUAAUACCUCCAUUCAGGGCCACACUCAUCACUGAGGUUAUCAUGUUCAACCAGGUCAAAAAUGCUCUUGCUCCAACACCAGCUAAUGGCUACAUAAGUGUCAAUAUACCUGAUAAUAGCAACCUGAAGAUUAGGAUUGUGGGCUCUUCUUGUCACCUGCAAUAAAAUUAAUGGUUCAUAAUAAUCUUGCUUUUCAGCUGAAUCAGGGACUUUUUAAGUUUAUUGAUGAAGCUCCACCAAACAAGCAAUUUUUUGUGACUGUCUCCUUUUAUGAGGUAAGAAGCUCAGCUGACAGUGAUUUGAUGGAAAUUCAGGUAUUAUAACUACGGUGUGAAGACAGAGGCCUACAAUAUAAAGUUACAAAUAUUGUUCAUUUCACUGUAAUAAACAGAAAUAUCAUUACUUUAUGAGUGACCCUAAUUAGUUUUUGACUAGCAAUGUGAGAUGGAGACAUUAAGAACAAACUUGGAAAUUUUCCUGGCCAGCACAUAAAAAGAGAAAGAACAUGCAUGAGUAUUAUUUCCUCUUCUUAAGCCUGAUUUCCAUUAUGAUCACCCGGAUCACUGUGAUCGCUCCCUGCCGAAUUUAUUCCAGAUUACUGCAAUAAUAGUGAUGAUUUCUGGGAUAGCCUUCAAUCGUCCUGAUCAUCUCAGUCGUCUGAGAGCAUUUCCAUAUGAUCGCUUUAAAAUUUACGAUCGUCCUGAUUGUCCGGAUAGAACUCAUUUCUAUCCAAGUGAUUAAGGUCGUCUCAGUCGUCCGUGUUGUUUGCGAUCAUUUGGGUAGUGUUUCCAUAUGACCGUUCCAAUUAGCUGAACAUUAUUGGAGAUGACUGGGACGAUCAGGAAAAUCCGGACUAUCAUAUGGAAACCAGGCUUUAAGCUCACAAGCUUGGAUUGAAAACUUGAACUUCUACCCCGAUGUUAAGGUCUUUGCCUGGGUCUUGAAGUCUUGGCCUUACUGGUCUCAAGGUCUCUGGAUGCCAGACUUUCACACAUAGAAGUGGACUGCCUUUAAUCUUGAGUUUAGAUCUUUCAAAAAAUAAGGGGGCUUCCUGAUAACUCUUUUUGAGUCUGCAUUUGACACCUAAACACCCCUAAAAAAUUUUACCCCUAAAAUGUUUUAUUGUUUUCCUAAUCAUAGAGUAUGUAGUUAACAACUGCAUACUGUCCAGGGGCUUCCACCUUGGCACAGCCAGCCCCUGUAAUAAUGUUAAUUUUAAUGUUUUACGUAUAAUGCAGUAGUUAACAGUUUUAACUUUGUUUUCCUGAUCUUAUUUACCAUUGUUUAAUACUGAUGCUUAUUAUUUAUUUUGAAUUUAUUAAUAAAAUAUUAUUAUUAUCUCUUUAUCAGAUCUUUCAAGAAAUGAUUCAUGACCUUCUCAACCCAACAGGUCAAGAUCUGCGGGUCAGACAGCAUCCCCAGUUAGGAAUGUAAGGCAUUUUUGACAUGUUUAAUAUUUACAAGCACAAGUCACAGAGAAUACAAUUGUAAAUAUAUUAAAUAUGAAAUAAAAAGAAGCUCAUAAAUUAGUUGCUGGUGCAAUUUCAUAGUGAAAUCUGUAAUCUUCUUUUUUUUUAGUUUUUUAUUGGUAGGGUUUAUAGCUAGGCACCCUGCACUAUCCCCAACCUUGCAGGGAAGGGAAAAAAAUUGAACUUGCCCACAUGGCAAGUAAAUUUCAGUUUCCACUUGCCCCCACUUAAAUAUUACUUGCUGGAAGGGAACACAAGUGACUAAGUUAUAGAUUAUUAAGUGUCUAAGAUUACUAGUACUUAGAUGCUGUGCCAGAUGGAUUUGAUGAGUAUGGUGAUCGGAGGAGUAACACGAGCAAGCAAUUUAACAUGCACUUGGAUUUUAAAUUGAUUCAUGUUUUCAACUAAUUAUUGUGUCACCCGUCUUGCAGUCUUCAGUUUUGAAAUAGUUCCUGUCUGGAAAUUAUCAUUUACCAAGCUGACACUUGCAGACAGACUCAGAGGACUACUGACUAGAGACUAAUUUCACUUAAUUGCUCACUGGGCCACCAAACUUCUAUUUUCACUUGCCCAAGAUCAAAAUUUUCUUGCCCGGGCAAUUGCGCCUGGGUUUUUUCCUGCUUUGCCUUGAAAGCCAAGGGCCAUACUUUGUGUGCCUGACUCUUUUAGUGUGAUGCCCCAGCUUGUUUUGCUCCUGGGAUUACAGAGACACUCAUGCAGAGAUCCGGCAAUGUGACAAGGUGGCAAUUUAGCUUACAGAAUAGCUAAGGAUGUUACAAAUUUGUUGCUAAUCCCUCAUUAGUAUAAUUUGCACAUGCAUGUUUCAAAUUUUGCUCCAGUUUAAUGCCCAGCCAGUUUUCAGUGGUGCAACUUGAUUAAGGCACUCCAACAAUGUAGCUAGCCCCUAAUACUUUUCGUAAAUCUACAAUAUAAGAGUAUUAUUCUCAGUUUCACUUAAAUGUUUUAUUUUUCCACAGUUUUAUAGAGGGACUUGCAGAACUUGUGGUCCAAAACAAUGAAGACAUUGCUGGUCUCUUUGAACAAGGCAACAGGGUUAGGAAAAUGGCAUCUGUUGACAAGAACUCAAGUGGUGCAAGGUACAUAGGCUGCAUGUAGAAAUACAGUCAAAUCCCCUGUAAGCUAUCACCCAGAAUGCAAAGAUCUAGUGGUCGCUUACAAGAAUCGGACUUCAGGGAGCCUCUUCCAAAAAGAGGCAGAGCUGUGCAAUAUAGCAGCAGCUGGUGACCCCUGGUGCCUUAUUUUUAGUCUUAGGUGACUAGGAAAUCUCGGUUUUUGGGUAGAAAUCAUAGAGCACCAGGAUUUUUGUUAGAGCACAGCCUUAAGAGGCCUGAACACAUCUACUGCUUUGCAGAGAAUUAUUGGAUGCAAUAAAAAAUUCUUCGAUACUCCAAGUAGUGUUGUACAUAUAGCAAGCACUAUGAUCAGAAUACAUGUCAAGUAAUGGCUUAAAAGAGGUUAAAAACAUUACGGAAAUUCAUAAAACCAUCACCCCAAAAAGUAGCCUGAAAUUCACCCGAUUGCUUCGAGUCGGUUUCUCCUCUCAACAACGUCUGAAUCAACCGGCCGUUAAUGCCAUCCAGUGAUGUCACUCACUACCCGAAAACCGGUUAGUGAUUUUGAUUGGUUGAUUGUCUAAACAUUCGCAUAAUUAUGUAUAAUUAUGAAAAAUUUUAGCAGGAUUGUCGCUUGAUAUUCAGCGGGGAUCACAUCCCUUGCAUUCUUUCAUUUAGUUCAAACACUUCUAUAAGCUUAAUCUUUAUGUUAAACAGCAAAAUUGGCCUCGUCUUCAAAACUGAAAUGCUAAAUUGAACGGCGUAUGAAGAAUCAUUGCGGAGAGUCGGUAGGUUUUUCAUUUAGAGCCGCUUUGUGGUUUCGGCUGCCGGUGAUUUUGUUUACCCAAAGUUUUGUGAGAUCAAUGUUAUAAAUUGGACCUUCUUGCUUAUUGCUACCAUCAAGUGUGAUGAUUCUGUUAGCUUUUCUUUCUUGUCUCCUUGUGUUUUUUUUCAAAUAGCUUCCUUUCAAUUAAAGCAAAUCAUUGUGUUUUUGAACUAAGUGUUCUGUUUGUGUGUUUAUUUCAUUGCGUGAUUGCGACCGAGUUUGAUUAUAGAAUUUAAUACAACCGGUUCAGACUUGUACUACAUGCAGUUGAUAGUUUGAACAUUAAACAUGAAUUACAAUCGAAAAAAAUAAAGCAGUUCUGUAUCAUGCAGACAUUUCCAAACGAUAUUUCUCGGUUUGCCACUUGAAACUCGUGUUUUACUUUUUGCAUGAAUUAAAGCAAAGGUCAAGGAGUAGUGACGCCACUGGACGGCAUUAACAGCCGGUCGAUUCAGACGUUACUGAGGGAGCAAUAACGACUCGAAGUAAUCGAAUGAAAUUCAGGCUACCCAAAAAGUGGUCACUUACAAGAGGUAGUCGACAAAAGAGCAACAAUUCGAGACAAAAUAAUUGCAAACAGCAGCUCCUGCCAAGUUUAAGUUUCUUUGUUGGCCACAAUCAUGGUCCGACAAAUAUUUUUGACAAAACUUGUCCCUGGGCAAGUGGCAUAUCAAAAUCACUUGCCCAGCAGAGUGAGCUGGUUGUCCCAGUUAAUAAUGGUAGAGGAGAAGCGAUUCCUUUAAUUGUAGCAAAAUCAAUUCAGGUUAUAGUUUAGGAGCCAUAAUAACAAUAACAACUUAAGUUAAGGACAAUGCAUCUCAGUGAUGUUAUGAAAAAACUACAAUCACAGAAACAUUUGGCCACGCACUGCAUAUUUUACACUUCCUGACACCGUGUGUUGUGUCCAUUGUCAGCCACAAAAACUCUUACAACCAUUUUGGUUGGAACACUCAUCUGCGUUUCUUUGAAUCGUAUUCCUUCUAAGGAAGGUUCCAAUUAUAGGGCUAUGACUGAAAAAGUUCAGUGUACUCAUCUUCUGAAACUGUUGCAAAACAAGAUGUCAUUUUGACUCUGGUCUUAGAAAAGUGAGUUAAGCCAAGGAUAUUCAGUGGCACAGGAGCUGGUCAACACAUGUGAAAAUUACUAUCCAAUGAUUUUUUAACUACUAAUAAAAAACUGUUUGUUAUUAACUUUUAGCCUCCCAUUUUAGUUGCCCCAUCAUUUCUGCAACACUUGCAUAAUGGCUAGAUGCAAGGAAAUAAGGCGUUAUUAACUUUGUUAAUAGGACAAUUGCACAAUGAUGUCAUUUUACUACAACUACCAGAACCCUAGAGUUUGUUGUUUUCUUGAAUGUGCAAAUUAAGGCCAUUGUUCUUUAAUCCUCAGCAGGAUUGACAAAUUUAAAUAACAAAGUGAAACCGAAAUGAAUUCUGGUAGUUGUAGUCCAAUAUCGUCAUCGUGCAAUAUUAUUGUCCUAUUCAAUUAGCCUUUGUUGUAAUUACCUCUAUUUACCGGUAGGUAAAGGGGUAAACCUGCCUUCAUUUGUCAAAGAGUAGGAUAGGUAAUGAUCAUGUCUUGUUUUGCAGGUCUGACUGUGUCUUCACUAUUCAUGUUGAACAGAAGGGCAAUGGAGGAUCUUCUGAAACAGGAAUGAGAUCCAAAAUUACCUUGAUUGAUAUGGCAGGUAUAAUAAAACUGUAACAGACUAUUAUAAUGAUCUUUGACAUAAUCCUUUGUGUAACUCUAAAGGUACAUUACUUUUUUCAAAAAGUCUUCCUUUCAUCUGUGAAUACUCAUACCAUAAUCAAACAAUUCUUUUGAAUGUUUAAUUAAAACACCAUAACUUGCAAUAAGUUUCUCCAAAUAAAAAGUAGGGAUGUUUUCACAUUUUUUAGGAUAUUAUUACUGUAACUUACAGAACAUGUUUUAGCUACCCGAAAGUAGCAAUUGGAAAAACUAAAUCCGAAAGUAAUAAGGGUCGUAAAUAAAGUAUUGCCUGACCUUUCUUCCACUACAAUACUGUGUCACCUUUUUCAAGUCUGCCCCCCUGCCCCACCCCUUCUGCUUUCAAAGAUAUUUCGAUUUUAGCAGCAUCACCUCAAGGGUGGAUUUCCUCGGCCACCCCUUUUUCUCUGAAAUUUUGUAUUAUUUUUAUAGAAUUCUCAGAAAAAUAAAAAGUAUCUAUAUAGCUGGCAAGUGGGCAAGUGUCCUGGUCACCCCUUUCUGAAUUUUCUGGAUACCCCCAGCACCUUACUAAGAAGUCUCACUAACAAUGUAUCAGAUAUAAGUUGUCUUUAUUAUAAAUGUUUUGUCGCCUUUUUACAUAAUUUCUUUUUUAUUGUCAAGGGUCUGAGAGGAUGGAAGGAGUAGAUCUCAAUAUUCAGAGUGAAGGUGCCUUCAUCAACAAAGGGUAAGAAUUUACCUUAAUUUACCCUACAUAAAGAAACAGUUUUCUCAUCAGAAAUAAACUUAUCAUAAAACUGCUCGGUCUUGUUUUUGCACUCGCUGAUUGGUUGAGAGCUAUGGUCGAUGAGAGUACAGACCAUUCUUAAUCUCUCCCUUAUGUUUGACUGGUACCGGACAAGGCUUUUAUAUUCAAACCAAACUUUUCAGGGUCACAUGUACAUGUAACAAAUUUUUCCAUUUCUCUGUUUUUAGAAUCAGUGCUUUAAAUGCUGUGGUCAGUGCCCUAGCGGACCCAAAAAAGAAGGAAGGUCAUAUACCAUACCGAGAAUCCAAACUAACUAGAAUUUUGCAGGUAGUAUUAAUUUUACUCCAUCUGUUUUAACGAUGUAAUAUCAGUGGCACUUGUCCCCUCUCAACUGAUAAAAAUUAACUACUUGAUAGAAAUGUGAUGGUGAAUUUUAAGCCUUGUGAAUACAUGAGAAAGAUGUAUUUUUUAGUCUGUGACACAAGAGGUUCGGGAAGAAAAAGUCUGAGUACUCCCAACAGGAUCUUGUUUCUUCGCCUUUCAGAUCCUAAAACCAUAUAAUAAGGCCUUAAAAUCUAACAAGUUUGAAUUGUGAAAACACACGAGCCUUAGCUUGUCCCCCUAACAUUUCUCCAAACGUCACAUGCAUGACGUGCGUUUGCAAGGUAUUUGUACUAUCUCCCCGAAUUUUCUUUCCACAUUACAGUGGCGGAUCCAGGGAAGGGGCCCGCCCCCUCCCCCCUUAUUUAACUGAGGCCCGAAGGGCCGAAAAAGUUUUUUUCGGAGGUCUCGAUCCUGUACUGCAUUAGUCCACUUGGAAGGCAAUAGUAUUCUGGACGUUCCUUUGUUCACUUGUACCUGCGUGAACCAUUUGAUUUACUUCUAUUUUCUAUUUUCUGCAUUUUUGAAUAGAGAGAAGAAGUCGUUACAUCACGUUGCCAUGGCAGCAAUAUUUCUGGUUCUCAAAAAACCGUGGUCCUGCAAAAAUGGCAGAAAAAACGAAAAAUUGACGUGUAUGAUUUUCCUGUGCAUUAUUGCACUCAGGAACUAAACGGUAGCCUAUACUUUUCUUCCAUCAACCGUCAAUGCAAAUGACCGCCUCUGUCAAGAAAGAUUGUUGAGAUCCAGAAAUUUUGCUAUCAUUGGUAGUAAUGUGACGUCACAUUCUCCUCUCUAUUGAUAGUAUUUUAAUGAAAUGACUUAAAGGUGGAUUUUAAUUUGUAGGAUUCCCUUGGAGGAAGUGCAUACACUGCAAUAAUAGCAACAGUAUCCCCUGCUGGUAAGAUAGUAACCUAGGUACUACCCUGGGUAUCAGAGGUUUUUCUCGCGUGCGGUGGGAAUUUUUGGUGUUGACCGAAUGCCGACACAUCUUCGACAGUAGAAAAGUCUCUGGCACCCAGAGUAGUAACCUACUGGCCUUAGUUGUUCAAAAGAUGGAUAGCGCUAUCCAUCGGAUAAAUGGCUAUCUAUCGGAUAAGUAUUAGGAAAACCAAUUGUACAAUCCAGUCGAUAGUGAUUUAUCCAGUGCAUUGCGCUAUCCACCUUUCAAACAACUGACGACUGGUCACACUUAGGCUGACAAAAUAGUCGACAUUUCGUGACGCCACUACUGGUUUCCCCAGGAAAUGACUUCUGAGAAAUGAGCGCAGAAAUUCCGUACUGAUGAUGUGUCAUUACUUAGAUCUGGUUAGUGCUUCCGAUUGGUCGUGCCACGGAGGAAAUCCGUUUCAACCAAUAAAAAGCGCUACCUCGAUCUUGGUAGUGACGUCUCGUCAGUACGGAACUUCUGCGGUCGUUUCUCGGAAGUCAUCUCCUGGGGUAACCAGUAGUGCAACAGCGAAAUGUCGGCGGAUUUCUAACCCAGUUCAUAUCAUAGAAAACGUUAGUUAAGUAUCUGGCCUUCGUACAAGUACCUGGCUGUCAGAGGUUGUUUUUUUCCUUCCUGAUUCCUGAUAGUUCACGGUUAAGCCGUGACAAAGAGACGCGAAGUGCAGAGAAAAAAAAACCUUAAUGCAAUAUUUACCGAGCUCUGUGAAACCGAGAGCACAGUGUAUUUAAGGUAUGUCGAGAACAGACCUCUGAAGCUAGGGUAUAGUUCAGUUAAAGAUUUUUAAGAAUUUUUUUUCUUUUAAUUAGAUAAUUAACACAAACUUUGCUUCUUGAAUUUUUCCUUGUUAAGAUUCUGAUUAUGAAGAAACUUUGGCCUCUAUGCAGUGUGGAAACAGGACGAAAGCCAUUGAAAAUGCAGCCAAGAAAAAUGAGGUACUGAAGUUGUUUCAAGGCCGAGUGCAGCUUUUCAAAAGCGCUUUUUUAAAACCAGCUACAUACUACCAGCUUGUGUAUAUUCAGGCUUGGUCUUUCAGUAGCCAUAAUUUUCAUGAGGACUUCAUUUUGCCACAAGGACCAGGAUGUGUUUUCUUUUUCUCUCUCUGUUACCUCUCCUCCUAUACACUGCCCGUUUUGUUUUCACUUAUUGUUUUUUGUAUUACACAAUAGGGCCAUUUAUACGAGGAAAAAUAAGACGCGAACUUUUCGUAUAAACGGCACAUUUCGUCUAAAAUAAGACGCGGCUUAGCUAUGCUCGUAUAAAUGGUACAGUUCGCGUCUUAUUUAAGAUGCGUCUUAUGUAAGACGCGUCUUUUUUUUCCUCGUAUAAAUGGCCCUAAUGUAGCAAGCGGAUAUAAACUACAAUUAAUGGCCCUAAUUUGCACGAUAGAACAAGACCCAGACCGAGUAUAGUCACCCGUGAAGCCGUUUAAGUCUCGUCACGCAACGCUCCUCCCCGAAUAACUUGAGGGGAGCUUUGCAUGACGAGACAAAAAUGGCUGCGUUGGAGAGCUUACUGCUCGUGUUAAAAAUUGUAUUGUAAGAGGGCACGUCUGUUGUCCUCUCAUCCACUCUUCAUCCAUUCUUUCAUUCAAGACUAGGCUGAGCAGUGCCAAGGACAAUUAGUGCAAAUCCAUCAAUUCGGCCCUGGAGGAUUCUGGUAACUGAAGGGAUAACAACAUCGUUCUCAGGGUCUGUCUUUCCCCCGUCCCUUAGACUGAGAGGCCCUGGGAACAAGGAUGCUGUAGGAAAAAGACAACCGUUAUAAAACUUGAAAUAGAAGGCAUCAUUGUUUUCCCAUAUUGUUUCUGUUAUUAAAAUUGGAAGGACUGAAACAAAAGAAUCUUUUUUUACAAGAACCAAUGCGCCUUUGGUUGGGACAUUAAUAUUAACAGGUGACGUCAGCGUGAGUAUGGCUAUAGCGUUAUUUAGAUAAAGCCUUUUUCUUUUAUUUUUGCAUUAAUCAGAUUGAGAACACAAAGAUCAUUCAGGAUUUAAGGGAUGAAAUAUCACGUUUAAGAGAAAAGUUAGCUACCUCUGGUAGAGCAGGAGGAGCAAGCAAGGAUGAUGUCCAACAAAUGGAGGUAAAUAUUGGUGCUUAUAGUAUUAAUAUUUACUAAUAAAUACUGUACUAAUUUUAGUUAGCUCCUGAGCUCUUUUCUUCUUCUCUUCCGCCUUUGGAUUUUAUUCCUGUAGGCAAAAGAUAGAGCCACCUUGUACAGCAAAAUAGACAGUAAUACAGGAAAGAACUUCUUAGUGGCUUUCAUGCGAAUGGUCACACUUAUAACUCAAAAGUUAGAACCACUUGUAUGUUGUAAGUCGUACCCUUUUCCGCUAUCACAGUGUUUUAUCUUGUGGUGUUUUAGGAGCUUAUUAAGGAUCUUCAGACAGCAAAGAGACAAACCUGGGAAGAACGAGAGAGGUUGUCAGAACACUAUGAUAAUGAACGAAGAAUAACACUAGCGAACAAGGUACCAACAAUAAACUCUUGUGGCUGCCUUAUUUGCUUGAUAUCUUGCUUUUUUGGAUUAAUUAGAUUGAUUCAACUAAUGGCGAACCUUAAUUUCCUCUCUAUUGUGUUAUGGUUCAACACUUGAAAACAUCUCUGUGGUGCAUUGCGGAUGCAUCAAGUCGCUCGCUUGAAAUCUUGAAUCCGUCAAAUUAGCAUUCCGGAGAAAGCAACUACUUUUUGGUAGAAAGUUUUCGCCAUUAUUACAUGAUUUUAGUUGAAAAAUAGGUGGAGUCGUACCCGAUACAAUGGUAAAACUUAAGGCUCUUAAGAGAAUGACAGGCGUAUUCCACAGCAAUUUGUCAAAACAUGCAUUUCUGUCCUUGAAAAUUCUCGUUUGUUUGGUUUUUCGCUAUUUGAAUUUUUGUAUAUCUAUGUUCUUUAUUGGAAUACCAUGGCAAAAGUACAAUUUUAGUUCGUUGUUGUAUUUUUUCAGGGCAUUUUAGACUGGGUUAUGGACAGCACAAAAAGAGACAAUAAAGAAGUGCAGGGAAAGUUGAUGGCUCUGCAGAAGGAAAAAGAUCAGGUACGACAGAUAGCAUUUCCUUUCGGUUCAAGCCCAAUUCUUUGACGAUCGAUUAGCCCCUAAAACAGUUAUAAAAUUUUAACCCACGACUGGGUAGACUAAAGGACUUACUAUGAACAUUCAUUGUCGAUCUUGUAAGCACCGGUAUUUGUCGCAAAAUUAUGAUCACAGUGCCAAAAUUCAUGAGUAAUGAACUACCUGUCAAAGUCUUCGUAAAAAAAAUGAACUGGCUCAGGAGUUUUAUCAGGUAACGUCAGCUUCAUUUUCUCAUGGAAAAUAGGACGUUCAUUUGAGGAGGACAUAUCUGGUUCUAGGCGAGGUUUUGUCGGCUCAAUUUUCCCAUAGCUACGCUGGGAUAUUUCAUUUAAAAUUUGGUUUAAUCCUUUGUUACAGUUAACUUCUUUUUCAAGGAACCCGAGCCAGACUUACAGUGAUGAUUAUAACUUCGAUUCAUUUUCGUUCUGGACUUUUAGCUGACUGCCGAGUUUAAAGAAAAGCGGAAACUCGUAGAUGAACUGAAAGAUGACUUACAAUCCAAAAUUGCUGAUUACUCCAAGAUGGCUGAAUCUGGUAAGAAUGAGAAACAGUUUUUUCAGUUUUUUUCCCCUUAUUUCUACAUGCACAGGUUGGCCAAUGAACCAAAGCCUUCCCGACCCGUUUAUAUUCUGUUCCGCAUGAUGCACUUAUGUCCAGGAUCGCACUCUGCAGCGAAAAUUUAACAGCAAAUCUGGGUAACAAUUUUAGCCAAAAAAGGGUUAAAGGAAACUGCUUACAGAAAUUUCUGCACUCGUUUCUUAGACGUCAUUUCGCGGGGAAACCAGUGGUGGAGACGUGAAAUGUCGGCUGUUUACUCAGGCUAGAAUAUACCUACGAGAAAAUAUCAAUUUGCCGAACUAAUUUCUAUUUUAUCGCAUUGCGUAGGGAAAAGUAGCGAGGAAGACAACAAAUCCAGAGUGGCUGCAAUACAUGAUUUGAAAGAAAAACUGAAGAGUGAGAAUGAUGAGUUGAAAAAGAUUAAACACAAACUGAAAGAAGUACAGGAAAAACAGAAAACCGAAAAAGAGGUUAGCUUAACUGAUUGUUCCAUGAUAAAGAAAAGUUUUUAGUCAUGAUGUCGAGAUAAAACAUUUCUAAGAUAUAUAAAUAUUUGUUAUCGUAAUGAGAUCUGUUUAAAAGACUGUUUAUAUCAUUGUUGUUUAUCUGUUUAGGUGACUGUAAAUAUUAUUUUUGUUUUGUGUCAACUUCAUAGGAAGCCAAGUCUCAAACUACAUUUUUGAAAGGGAAUGCGGAAUUGCGAUACAGGAUAGAGGUAUGUGUAAGCUUUCUCAAACUUUUUAUUUUUGUGCGGCAGUGCUGCUCUUGCUCGUGCUUCCCACUAAAUUUUUGUGUUUUGCCGUAGGUUUUAACGCUUCACACACGGCUUUCGCGCAUCAAACUAAAUCUUCGCGUUCUGCGGUCGGCUUCGCAGUGAGUUUUCGCGCUUUACACUAAAGGUGUUCGCGCCGCGCGCGUGGUUUUCGCAGCUGGAGUUGUAAGCAAAUCAAAAGUAUCUGUUAAAACGCCACUGACUGGUUAGCCUAUUGGUUGGAUCCUGGGACAUAAACUACGGGAACAGAACAAAUAUCGGUGGUUUUUUCCGUGGAGCCGGAUAUUGGAGUCUUAUGCAUGUCAAACCUCUUAACGCAAAAUAAGAAAAGAAAAUUUGUUGUAUUGAAAUGACAUUAUAAGUCACGAUUUUCUAAUUUUAUCGUAAAUCGUUUGUACUUCUUUUUUAGAGUGAAAGACGUGAGAAACAUGAAAGAGAGAAUGCUGCUACAUUAGCUGACGAAGUGGACCGGGUUAAAAUGGAGGUGGAACAAGAAAAGGCUGAGCUUCAGGUAACCCGGCAUUAUAACUUUUAUUUGAAGCUAGUAAAAAGAAAUACCUUUUGUUUUUGGAAGAUUUUGCUGAAACGGAAUUUUCUAUUUUUUUGUUUCGACAUUGGUUGUGUUUGAGGGUGCAUGGCCAUCUACAUUGACGCUCUUUUCGCUCUUCAAGCAACGAUCCCUCCCCAGCGUUGCGGAGGAAUGCGUGGCGAGGGGAUAGGGGUAGGGAAGUCAAACGAAAUGCACGAUCUGCUUGGGGAUAAGAGAACUUAGUCCGCGAGCAAGCUCUCCAUUUGGGGGAGUCGCGAGAAGUCACGCGAGAGCCGCACGCGAAAGGAGACGCUCCUUUCCUCCACUCCUCGCGGCUUCGUCGCUCGCUCGCGCGUUCUCUCGCGGCUUGGAGAGCCUAGUCGCAGGCUAAAGAUAACUUAGAUACGCUAACGCUAAUGAUGAUGAUGUUAUUUUGAACAGCUGAAAGCAGCCGAGGGUGCACAGUAUAGCACUGAGCAGGCCAUCAAGUUAGAAAUGGAGCUGGUAGAGUUGAAAGCUGAGCGAACUGUCAUGUCACUGCGGGUAAGGCCUCACUUCUUCGGCAGUCAACACGAAUUUUCCUCGAACUGUUCUCGAUACUUUUCUUUAUUGGCCAUCUCUAUUAUUUUCACGACCUUAAUGCUAGAUAAUCAGGACAAAUUGAAUGCUUGUCACUCAAAAAGCUAGUGGUUGAGAGACAAAGAGCUGCGAGACAAGUGAUUCUUUCUUCCAGGGGUGGACAACAAUUGUAGUGAGGGUGUAGCCAGCAUGUUCAAAUCGUCACUCAGUUUCUUAGCGUAGAAUAUUUAAUUUCCCUCCAGGAACAUUUUAGAGGAAAAUAUUUCACUGUCCAUUUUUUGCUGACUGGUAAUGAAUUCAGUUAUAACCCUAAACCGUAUUGUCACAAGAAAUGUGUUUAAACCUCAUAGCCGUCCAAUUGGAAAAUCCACAAGUGGUUUACUCAUUAUAAUAGGUACGGCUCUACAACGCUAGUUAUGGAAAAAUCAAGAAGAGGUUUUCUUUGCGUUGUUCUGUAACCGGUUGGCCUGGGACUUCAUAAAAACUGUAAAUUUUCAUUAUGAUUUUGCCAAAAAACGCUUCGAUCUACACCCUAUUUUGGCAAUGAUAUGUGUUAUCAGCAACACAUAGAACGAUUAAACAAAGGCACAAUAGUUGAUAUAGGCUUCAUUUCCGCCGCUCUCUAGGGUCCCCUCCGAGCGUACGCUCUUUUCCCGAACAGUGCACGUUAUUUGAGUGUCAAUGUAUUUAGCACGAAAGUACUACAUGUAAUUGGGGAUACUAUAUUCGCGUGUUUUUCUGGUGCCGCCAUUUUACAUGGCCGCGCGAAGGUCGAGCCAUUUUAUUUAAGACCCUGAGUAUUGGUCCGGCCUCUGUAAUCGAACCCCAGACCUCCCGCUCUGCAGUCAAGGGGUUUAAAGACUGAGCUAAUCCUGCCGCAGUAAACUGAUUUGUAGGAGAGUAAAUUUUUAAAUGCAGAGACGAUCAUCACAAUUAAAUACUCAACUUAUGCUUAAUUUGCGUAUUUAACUGUGAAGAUCUGCUCUGCAUUUAUUUCUUCACCCCACAGUUCAUACAUUCAUCAUUUCAAUUUUUUUUUUGCUUCGUGUUUAUUCGUUUGUUUCUUUAUUAUAGAUUCAAUCUGUAACAGAGGAGAAAAAGCGUUUAAAAGCGGACCUGGAAGAGGCAUAUAAAAGGCAUAAAGAAGAAUUGGAAAUACAACAAUUACAGCACUUUCAAACAUUUAGGAAUUACCGAGAGGUUUUCGAGGAGCAGAAGGCGGCCAUUGAACAGCGCUAUCGAACUUUGCUAGAAGAGGCCAUACAGGAUGCGGUUUUCCUGUCUACAAGAAAUCAAGAACUCAUGCACGAAAACCAAAUUCUCAAACAAGGU